AUGUAUUUAUUUAUUAUUUUUCACAAAAAUCUUAAAAUUAAUGCUAGUAACUAUUCCUAUUUCAGAACUCAAGCUGAAAUAUCACAAUUAUGUCGAGGUACAAUUAGUUUGAAUGGGGCUACAAUACACACUGAAGAUUCAUGCACAAUUGUUAUAUCUAAUGGUGGCACUCAAACUUUUCACCUCCGUGCCACUAGUGAAGUAGAACGGCAAAGAUGGGUAACUGAAUUAGAGUUGGCCAAGGCUCGUGAAAUUGGACAUACAAAUACUGAUAGAAGCAAGGAAAAAGAAUUGAGUGCAAAUUUAGAAGUUUCAUCCGUAGUGUCAUCGUUAAAUACCAAAUUAUCUGAACUGCGAUCACAAAGCGAAAUUAUAUCUAAACAUAGCAAAGCUCUUCAACGGUGCUUAACUGAACUAGAAACCAUAGACAUACCUCCUGAUGUCUCUACAAAAAUAAAAGCAUGGAUGGAACGUGCAAAUUUGAUACGUAUUGCUUCAGUGGGUAUGGUAACUAAUUGUUCGGAGUAUUUAGAUUUGGCUCAAAGUCAGGGUAAUAAGUGGCAAAAGAUGUUGUAUAAUGAACGGCGACAGCGAAUACAGUUGGUAGAAAUGGUGGAUCAAAUUGCUAGGGAACAGACCGUAUUGGAGCAUGUAGCUAAUAAUGACAAACAAGGUGAUUCUACCGACGAAGAUGAUGCUUCAGACAGUUGUGAAUUUUUUGAUGCUCAAGGUGGUGAUUCCUUUGACGUAACCACAAAUAAUUAUCUAGUUAACUGUCAGUCUCAAAAUAUUAUCCAACACAAAUCUCUUUCAAGCUCACAGGUUCUUGAAAAAUUGGUCAAUGAAGAACUAGAUUGUAGUGGUGGAUCUAGUAGUGAUAUUGACGAUCCUGCUGAGUCAUCAGCUAUAUUAACAGCUGCAAUUUGUUCAUCAACUGGCUUAAAUACUGAUCGUGAUGAAAAUAAUAAAUCUUCUAGGAUGUUCCCUCAACUUUCGGAACAUGCCAAAAAAAUGCUAGAGGACGUGAUUAAACACCCUUUAAAACAAAAAGACAAACGAAGGUGUAGAGUGACUGACAAGCCAAAUCACCCGUUACAUAUUUGGAGUAUUUUGAAAAAUUGCAUUGGAAAAGAUUUGUCUAAAAUACCAAUGCCGGUCAAUUUUUCUGAACCACUAUCAAUGUUACAAAGAAUUACUGAGGAUUUUGAAUAUUCAAAUAUUCUAGAUACAGCAGCUCAAUGUAAGGAUUCAUUUGAGCAGAUGGCAUAUGUUGCUGCAUUUACGAUUUCAUCAUAUUCGACAACUGUCAAUCGGACAAGUAAACCUUUUAAUCCAUUGUUAGGUGAAACAUAUGAAUGUGAUAGAAUGUCAGAUCUUGGUUGGAAAGCAUUUAACGAACAAGUUUCACAUCAUCCUCCAAUUUCGGCUCAGUAUUGUUCGGGUAAAGAAUGGUCUUGUUGGCAAGAAUUUUCAAUGUCCUCAAAAUUCCGCGGUAAAUACUUACAAGCAAUUCCUAAUGGUAUUGCUCAUCUUGAUUUCCCAGCAUCUGGGAAUCAUUAUACUUGGACCAAAGUCACAACUACUGUUCAUAAUAUAAUUGUUGGAAAACUGUGGGUUGAUCAAACAGGUGAUAUGACAAUAACAAAUCAUAAAGAUGGUUCUAAAUGUCGCUUGAGUUAUAUACCCUAUAGUUAUUUUACUAGGGAUCAGCAAAGAAAGGUAAAAGGAUAUGUUAUGGAUAAAGAUAAUGAAAUUAAAUGGGUAAUAAAUGGUACGUGGGACAAUAAAGUUGAAAUAGCUCCUGUUACCAAAUUCGAAGGUCCUAUUGAGAGUCCUACAUGUCAAACAGGAAGUUAUAUAAUGGCCUGGCAAAGACAAGCACCUCCAUCUGACAAUGAAAAAUACUACUAUUUCACUAUAUUAGCAAGCCAAUUGAAUGAAAUCGAAGAAGGUGUAGCACCAACAGAUUCAAGAUUACGGCCAGAUCAACGUUUAAUGGAGUUUGGUCUUUGGGAUGAAGCUAAUAUUGAGAAAUUAAGGUUAGAGGAAUUUCAGAGAGUCAGAAAUCGCAAAGCAAAUGCUGGAGUAGCUGAUUCUAAUCAAAUCAACGAAAAUGAAGAAGAGGAUGAUGAGACAGUCCAAGAAAAUGAUAACAGUGCUAUCAAACCAUUAUGGUUUAAACGAGAUGUGUGCAAAUGGACAAAAAAGCCUUGUUUUACUUUUACGCAUGAAUAUUGGGAGUGUAAACAAAAAGGAGAUUGGAGUAGAUGUCCAUCUUUAUUUUAA